AUUCCUUCCAAGUGCUUUUCGCGAAGGCAGGAGUCUCGACACAGCCGACGCGCAAGCAGGGUCUCGCUCACAGCAGUAUGGUGGGGCCGUACACGUCGCGUCGGUCGCCCGUGCUGUCGCUGGGCGGCGGAGCCAGCACCGACGACCCGCUUGCCACUGCCGCGGCCAUCGAGGUGCUGAAGCGUGGUGGAAAUGCGGCGGAUGCGGCGGUGGCAGCAGCGGCCGCGCUCCAGGUGCUCAAGCCGUACGCGACGGGCAUCGGAGGCGACUGCUUCGCCCUCUUCUACGACGCCCAGACACGAGCCGUGCGCUGCAUCGAUGGAAGUGGUCGCAGCCCUGCAGCCUUGACACGGGAGCUGUUCGCAGCCGGCGCUAACACUGGCAUGGAGGCCACCGUUCCUGGUGCCGUCAAGGGCUGGUUCGACACUCUGCGCCACUGUGGCAGCGGACGGGUGUCCAUGCGCGAGGUCCUGGUACCGGCCGUGCGACUUGCCCGUCGUGGCUUCCCGGUGGGAGUGGUGAACGCGGCCCACUGGGCCACCUACGAAUCCAAGUUGGGUGCCCUGGUGGGGGGGCGCUACUUCUUACCCACACCCUGGGCGGGACAGGUGCUGCGAAACGAGCCCCUCGCCGACUUGCUCGAGCGACUGGGCCAAGACGGCACGGAUGCCUUCUACAAGGGACCCGUAGCCGAUGCAGUGGCGGCAGCCGUCCAGCAAGCGGGAGGCGUUCUGGAAGCAGCCGACCUCCUCCGACACCCGGCGGAGAGCGGCGACGGCCUGGUGGUACCCGUGAGCACUACGUAUCGCGGGGCUCGAGUGCACACGGUGCCAUUUCCCAGCCACGGCAGCGUGCUUCUCGAGGCGCUCAACAUCCUCGAGAGUUUCGAGCUGCGCGACAGGGAACAAAGCACCUACGCGCACCUGCUUGUCGAGGCUCUGCGGCUGGCGCUAGCGGACGGCCUCGGUUGGGUGGCCGACGGGGGACCGGCGCGGGACGGCAGGAUGGCUUCCAAGGAGCACGCCAAGAGCCGCCACGUGGACAUCGAGCGGGCCAGGCAGUGGAGCGAUGCGGGGCUGCCGAACGCUCCGGAGCAGUCGCACACAGUCUUCCUGGUGACCGCCGACGAACGAGGCAAUGCCUGCGCGUUCAUCAACAGCAACUUUCUCGGCUUCGGAUGCGCCAUCGUUGAGCCUUACGGAUUCGCAGUUCAUUGCCGCGGCCGCGGAUUCAGCACCCUGGCGGGCCACCCGAACUGUGCGGGCCCCUGCAAGAAGCCGUACCACACGCUGAUGCCAGUGCUGGUGACGGACACCGCGAGCGGUAACUGGUUGGCCGCGCUAGGCACCAUGGGCGGAUACACGCAGCCGCAGGUCGACCUGCAGCUCUUCCUCGCCUUGACGGAGGGGGGCCUCGAUCCACAGUCGGCGCUAGACGCUCCCAGGCUGUACAUCGGCGAUGGCAGAACCCUGAGGCCGGAGUGAGUAGGUCGGACGACUUG